GCCUCGCGGGGGAGGGUCCUUACGACGCCAGCGCGGCCCGGUGACCCCGGCUUGCUUCGGCCACCAUGCCGCGCUCUUUCCUCGUCAGGAAGUCUGCCUGCACCCGCCGGAGGCCCAACUACAGCGAGCUGCACGACUCUUCUCCAGAGUUCACCUUCCAGCAGCCCUAUGACCAGGCCCACCUGCUGGCGGCCAUCCCGCCCCCGGAGGUCCUCAACCCCACGGCCUCGCUGCCCACGCUCAUCUGGGACUCUCUCCUGGCACCACAAGCCCAGCCGGUUGGCUGGGCCUCCCUUCUACCCCGGGAGAUCCCCAAGGUGGUUGAGCUGACCUCGCUGUCGGACGAGGACAGUGGGAAAGGCUCCCAGCCGCCCAGCCCGCCCUCGCCAGCCCCGUCCUCCUUCUCCUCCACCUCAGCCUCUUCCCUGGAGGCCGACGGUUACGCUGCCUUCCCGGGCUUGGGCCCAUUGCCCAAGCAGCUGUCCGGGCUCUCAGGGGCCAAGGACCCCCAGUCUCGCAAGGCCUUCAACUGCAAAUACUGCAACAAGGAAUACGUCAGCCUGGGUGCCCUCAAGAUGCACAUCCGAAGCCACACCCUGCCCUGCGUCUGCGGCACCUGCGGGAAGGCCUUCUCCAGGCCCUGGCUGCUGCAGGGCCACGUCCGGACCCACACCGGGGAGAAGCCCUUCUCCUGCUCCCACUGCAGCCGUGCUUUUGCCGACCGCUCCAACCUGCGGGCCCACCUCCAGACCCACUCAGAUGUUAAGAAGUACCAGUGCAAGACGUGCUCCCGCACCUUCUCCCGCAUGUCCCUGCUCCACAAACACGAAGAGUCCGGCUGCUCAGGAGGCCCCCGCUGACCCCCACGGCUGCUUCUGUCUCUCCAGACCCUCCCCCUGCAGCGGCCUCCCCUGCUCUGGAAGGACGGACUCCUGCAUCCUUCCCACUGCCGUGGAAUUCCCUUCUGAGCUCCCCUCUUGGCUGUUGUAGCUUCACAGGGCGCUGAGGACCGUUUCCAGUGUGUCUGCUUGGGGGGCCUCGGUUGGCUCUGUGGACGGCUGAUGGGAGGGUGGCCCCUUCUGGCAGCCACUGCUCCCCAGCGAGCGUUCUGGAGUUGGCCUUGAUGUGUGGGCUUGUGUAUCCAAAACUGUUUGGAUACAGCUGCUUUGAGCUACAGGACAAAAGCCAACAGACUGAUAGAGGCUCCCACCCCACUCAGGGGACCCCACUCCUCCCCACCCCAGAAACCCUCAGGCCACCUCUCCAGGAGGUGUGAGUAACUGCAGUGAUCCACCCCCCAGGGUGUCCACGGGGCCUGGGGGGCGGUCUCUGACACAAGGACAUGUCUAGACCCCAGGAUGCCCCAGGCCCGGGCAGCUAUUUCAGCCUCCUGUUUGUCAUGGUGGCACCUGUUUCACGGGCAAUUUAACAGCGUCUCAAAAGGGAAUGUGAGUAAUUGCCGUCACUUGUCAGGGGCCCAAAUAGGGUGCUUCGGCCCAACCAAUAUGUCUCCCAGAACUAUUUUCAGGGACCCAACAGGUGGGCCCAGGAGGAAGAUGUUUACAUUUUUUUAAAGGUACACUGGUAUUUAUAUUGCAAGCAACAUUUUGUACUAAGGAAACAUUUUGUAUAGUUAUAUGUACAGUUUAUUGAUAUUCAAUAAAGCGGUUAAUUUAUAU